UCACAACAACACAAGGUAUUUUGAUGUAACAAAUCCAAAUCGUACAACAUUGGUCACAGUGCAUUUUUUUUAAUCUCAAUAGCAACAUAUUGCAAUUCUGUCUUUCGCCAUGAACCCAAACAACACGAUACACAUGUGUUUGAAGUGUAGAAUGUUUUGAAAAAGACGUUACUGGUCGUUGAAAAUGGUGACACGUUUUAACGUUUUAACAGUUAUUGACCACACGAUGUCGCACUAAGACCAUAAAUAUGAUAAUACACAACCGCCCCUCUCUCCUGCGAUGUAAAAUUGUCCCUGGCUUCCGUUUUGACAGUCACUCGGGCUGCAUGUUGGCGAGAAGUGCUGGUACCGCCGGAGAUUUGUGUUGGUGUCGGAUAUGCAAAAAGGAGAUUUCCAUUACUAGCUGGAUUGCAGUUUUUUGUACAACGAUGGGGGCGGAGGAGUAUUUGUGGAUUUAUAUUGUUGCCCUGCUUUUCUUUUGUGACGAAUCUGCUUCGCAAUUCUCUUACUCCAUUUCCGAGGAGAUGAACAAAGGCACAGUGGUGGGGAAUAUCGCCAAGGAUUUGAACAUCAAUUUGCAAGAAUUGCACAACAGAGACCUACGUAUUGUUUCAAGUUACAGUAAGAAAUAUAUUGAGGUAGAUCUUCGGACGGGGAGCCUCUUUGUUAACGACAGAAUAGACCGAGAGGAGCUUUGUCCCAGCGCGGCGCAGUGCUUUGUGAGAAUGCAGGCAGUGCUGAGCAACCCGAUGAGUGUGCACCGCAUUGACGUUAACGUUUUGGAUAUAAACGACAACUCACCGAAAUUUGAGGAAGAAUUACACAUCCUAAAGAUAUCUGAAUCCGUGGCACCGGGAGAAAAAUAUUUUCUCCCAGAAGCAGUAGAUUCAGAUACAGGAAGCAAUUCAGUAAAAUCGUACAAAUUAAGUCCAAAUGAACAUUUUACUCUGGAUGUACAAAGUGGCGGAGAACACGGCGUGUCUGCAGAGCUGGUGCUGCACAAAGCUUUAGAUCGAGAGAAAGAGCCUAUUCAUGAACUUACUCUUACUGCUUUAGAUGGAGGAAAACCUACCAGAUCGGGCAUGUUACAUAUCAAAGUAGUGGUCGUGGAUGCGAACGAUAACACACCUGUUUUUAGUAAGUCGCUGUAUAAAGUGCGUGUAAGUGAAAACACCGCGCAGGGCUCAUUUGUGAUCAAAUUAAAUGCAACUGAUUUGGACGAAGGAAUAAACAGUAAGAUUGUGUAUUCUUUAAAUAAACGAGGCAACAAUGAUCCAUCAAAUGAUUUUAAUCUCAAUGCAGAAACGGGAGAAAUCACAUUGAAAAGUACUUUAAAUUAUGAAGAGACUCCUGCCUAUGAAGUAAGGAUUCAAGCAACUGAUCAAGGCCUUUCUCCUCGUAGCACAAAUGCAAAACUGCUCAUAGAGGUAAUUGAUGUGAACGACAACGCCCCCGAAAUAAUGGUUACUUCGCUAAUGACACCAGUCAAGGAAAAUGCAGAAUUGGGGACAAUUGUUGCGUUGAUAACAGUAAGCGACAAGGAUGGUGGGAAUAAUGGCGUAACCAAUUGUAAGGUAGUUGGAUCUGUUCCAUUUAAGCUGAAAUCUAACUACAAAAAUGAUUAUUCAUUAGUAGUUGAUGGAGCACUAGACAGAGAAAACACAUCUAUUUACAAUGUCUCCAUUAUAGCCACAGAUGAAGGAAGUCCGCCUCUGUCGACGAGAAGGAUCAUUACUAUUCAUGUUUCUGAUGUUAAUGAUAACGCACCUCAUUUUAUGGAACCUGUUAUUAAUGUGUAUGUCAAAGAAAAUACUCCAACUGGAUAUUCUAUUUAUUCCAUAAAGGCAGUUGAUCCUGAUUUGGAUGUUAAUGCAAAAGUGUCAUACACAUUGUUAGAUAGUUAUCCAAGGAAUAUUCUAAUUUCAGCACUUAUUAACAUCAACCAAGAGAGUGGAGACAUUGUCAGUUUGCAAUCUUUUGAUUACGAGAAAUUAAAAACUUUUCAGUUCAAAGUUCAGGCCACAGACUCUGGUGUUCCUCCGCUCAGCAGUAACGUGACCGUCAAUGUGUUUAUCCUGGAUGAGAAUGACAACAGUCCCGCCAUUUUGGCUCCCUAUUCCGAGCACGGCUCCGUUAACAGUGAGAGCAUCCCCUAUUCUGCCGAAGCGGGAUACUUUGUGGCAAAGAUCAGGGCAGUGGAUGCAGACUCUGGAUACAAUGCACUGCUCUCUUAUCACCUGUCUGAGCCCAAAGGCAACAACAACCUGUUCCGGAUCGGAACCAGCACCGGGGAGAUUCGGACCAAGAGGCGAAUGAGCGACAAUGACCUGAAAAAGCUGAUAGGAGCUGGCGCCUGA